ACAAUUUAGUGCUCCUUCGAUCGUUAGAGAACGAUAUCAGUUUUGAGGUGUCUGGACCGACUUUCACCGCGUUUGGCCUUAAUUUCGUUCAACAUCGAAUAAAUUAGCAUUUUUGUUGCAAAUCGAACAUUUAUCGAUACUUUUUUAGCCUUGCCCCCUCAUUUUUUAAUUAAAAUAGAAGUUCUCGGUCGUUCAAUAAGCUGAACAAUGGAUAAUGAAGUUCUGGAUUUGUACAAUACAAUUUACGUGCCUGAAAUCGAUUACAAGCCUCAGGUCUGCAGCUCUGAUUCGACUGUUGAAGAUUUUUUAACGUUUUUCGCAACGUUAUCAGCUGGCGUCAUUCUAUUUUGCAUGUUCUGUAAAAUUAAGCAUCGCUGGUUUGUCAAUGCUAAAAGUUCACUCAGCAAUUCCAUCGGAAAAAUUUGGAAAGGUCAAUGCCAUUGCAAGCCUUGCGAAAAUUGCAUACGUAUCAAUGGUUUUCCUAACAGCGCUCGAAGUUUAACAUCUACAUUUUCGAGUUUUCCCAAUAGUACUUUCAAUGAAAAAUCAAAUUGUAAUUCAACGGCAACAAAGUGUACUCUUUUGAGCGAUAUUUCUAUUCUUCCUGAAGAUGAAGGUUUGAGAGAGUUUCAAGCGACCGAAGACAUUUUAACUUUUGAUAAUGAUUUUUGCAAAUUUACCAAUCUAAAAAAAUUGGAUGAGAGAAGCACAAUAUCAUGUGGCAGUUCUCCGACAUCAUUUUCAGUCGAUGACUCUGUCCUCUUGAACGAAAAUAGCAGUCAAUCUAGUUUGGAGAUAACGUCGUCGAAAGAUGCUCCUGAAAAAUCCAUAUGUAUUUCGUUAAAGAAGUCAAUACUGGCCGACGGUGUGGAUAUGCGUUUACGGAUUCUAUCACUGGUAAAAAAGUUAUACAAUCAAAAUCUUGUGAUCGAGGCUUCAAAAAAUAAAUUAAUAAAAUUUAACGAAGAUAUAAUAAAUUUACGAGCCGAAAAUGCAUCGCUGCGCGAUAAAAUUGUUUCGUUGCCAGAUAAUAAAAAAAGGCAUGGCCAUUCUUCACCAGAAAAUUUACAACAGUCUAUAAAGAUUAAUCAACUAGAAAGACAAAUUUCUGAGAAAAAUGAUACCAUCGGCAAAUUAGAAGAUCUAUGUGACAAGACCAUGGCGAUGUUUCAGGAAAUGAGGCAUAAGUACCAGAUACUAAGUGACGAACACGGCAAAUGUGAACAGAUCAGAAGGCCAGCCUCGAUUCACGGUCAUAACGAGAAAAUUGAGGAUAAUUUGAGUAAAAUACUCAAUGCGCAGGAAACUUCCAAAACCAUCUCUAAAGAACCAAGGGCAAGGCGGCCCAUAAGAACAUCGUCCUCGUCACAAAUAUUAACUUCUUCGAGGAAUGAUUCUUCCUCGUCGCUAUCCACAUCCUCUUCGGGCAAUAUAAUUUAAAAGACGCGAGCGAGAUUGCGAAGGUUUACAAGCAACAUAGUUGCAGAGAUUCCUAAAAUUAAUUUGUCAUACUUUUGUUGAUUUUUAGUUUGAAAGUAUGUAAUACUACUUGUUAUUGUAUUUUUGAGCAAUACCUUCUAUUAUUUCGUUACAGUUGUUAUUAUUUGAUUUUGUACGAAAAUUUUUUAUGAAAGAAACGUUUUCCAAUAAUAUGUU